AUGUCAGACCGUCACAUCUUCCCCUCCUCAGAGGGACUUGUAGACAAGUCUCUUAGGGGACUCAUUGCGUACAACCCUUCUCUAGGCCUCGAUGUUUCGAACCGAGUAGUCUUCGACACGACUUACGACAAGUCUCAGGUCAGCAUCAUCUCUGGCGGAGGCUCUGGUCACGAGCCAGCAUGGUCUGGUUACGUAGGCAAGAACAUGCUAGCAGCCUCAGUCUCUGGUGACAUCUUCGCCAGUCCUUCAGCGAAGCAGAUCUUGGCUGGAAUCGAGGCCGUGCCAUCAGACGUGGGUACCCUCCUCGUUAUCACCAACUACACCGGAGAUUGCCUUCACUUCGGACUCGCCAGUGAAAAGGCACGGAGUAAGGGACACAACUGCCGCAUCAUCAUAUGCGGCGACGAUGUCUCAGUUGGUAAGAAGAAGGGAAGCCUUGUUGGCCGACGUGGUCUCGCCGGUCAACUGGGUGUUCUCAAGAUUACCAGCGGAGCUGCUGGCGCUAAGGCCGGUUCCUUCGACGACAUCUACAAGCUUGGAGUCGCUGUCGAAAACCAGAUCGUCUCUAUCGCGGCUACCCUCGACCACUGCCAUGUUCCCGGACGCACAGAACACGCCCGCCUUGACACCAACGAAGUCGAGAUCGGAACUGGACCUCACAACGAGCCUGGAUACAGGAAGGUUUCCCCUAGUCCGUCUCCUCAGGAGCUUGUCGAUCAACUACUGGAAUACUGUCUGAAGGAGGACGACCCUGAGCGAUCCUACGUCAAGUUCAACCCCAAUGACGAGACCAUCCUGCUGGUCAGCAACUUCGGAGGCAUCUCCUACCUCGAGCAGGGUGCCCUCGUCGAUGAGGUACUUGAGCAGCUUGAGCAGAAGUGGAACAUCAAGCCCGUGAGGGUCUUCGCUGGUCCCCUGGAGACAUCUCUGAACGCACCGGCCUUCUCCGUCUCGCUCAUGAACAUCACCGCGGCUUCGAAGAACACGUCUUUCUCAGUUGACCAGAUCAAGGAGUUCGUCGACGUCAAGACCAACACACACUGGGAGUCCAUGGCCGGAGCCCAGACAGUACGACGCGACCGCAAAUCCCAAAUCGUCCACACCCCUCCCGAGAAGCCGAAGACGAUCGAUGCGAACAACGACGUGAAGAUGGAGCCGACAAUCCUGAAGUCAAUGUUGCGUGCGGCUUGCGGAGCUGUGAUCGACGCCGAACCCGACAUUACAAAGUGGGACAUGAUCAUGGGUGACGGAGACUGUGGAGAAACAUUACAGACCGGAGCGUCACACCUGCUCGAGGCGCUCGACAAGAAGGGCGUCGCCGACGAGGGCUCCAUUGUCUCUGUGCUUCACGAGCUGGAAGACAUUGUUGAGAGCAAGAUGGGUGGCACGCUUGGAGGGAUUCUCGGAAUCUUCUUUGUUUCCCUCAGCAACUCUGUGAAGGAGAACGCAUCCCUUGCCAAGUCUCAGAGCAUCUUGUCCGUCUGGCAACUGGCGCUCGCCUCCGCGCUGGAGCACCUCAGCCACUACACCCCUGCGAAGGUGGGAGACCGCACAGUUCUCGACGUGCUGAUUCCCUUCGUCGAGACGAUCAAGAGCGGAGGAUUCGACCAGGCGGUCAAGGCAGCGAUUGACGGUGCUGAAGCAACGAGGACAGCAAAGGCGAAGCUUGGUCGCGCGACCUAUGUUGGCGGCGCGUCGGAAAAUGGUGGCUCGCAGCCCCCCGAUCCCGGCGCGUGGGGUGCCAUGGUGGCCAUCAGGGGUCUGCAGACGGGCUUGGCGUAA